AUGGCACCGCUUGGAAUCAAAAGCAAGACACUCUCCAGCUUCUUUAACAGAGUCAAGGUUCUGAGUGAAAACUUCAAGUCAUCCUCUGUUCAGAACACUAUUCAGGACCUCAUACAGGAGGUGGAUGACAUGCUGGAGACCCCUGGAGACCUGCGAACCCUGCCCCGAUCAGAGCAGCGUUUUGUGGGCUCUAACCUGCUCUUUGGCCUGGAGGAUGUGCUAAGAGGGCUGAGUAAGGCCCUGCACAAUGGGUCAUUGACCUUCAGUUCAUCUUCAGGCACAGACCUGUCCCUGGAGGUGUUGGAGGAAGGAAACAGGAAUAUCACCUUGAUUCAGAAUCAGAUAAAGAUGAUGCUGACCUGGGAUACAGUGCAUGAAUCUAAUGACUCAGGCCCUGUUGUGGCGGGCCUUGUCUCCACACCAGGGAUGGGAAAGUUGCUGGAAGAAGUCCCCCUGGCCCUGGAUGAGACACACAAGGGUUUGCUGCAGGAACUCCCCUCCGUCCUGUUGUCAGAUGUCAUCUCCGCCUUUAUCAGCAACAAUAAUACCCAGAACCUCAGCUCCCCAGUCACCUCUGUUUUCCAACAUUCAGUGAUCCCUGGGCCAAGGCAGAAAGUGUUCUGUGUCUCCUGGGAGCGUGGCCAGAAUGGAAAUGGUCAUUGGGCCACCAAAGGCUGCAGGACGGUGGGCACCAGAGACAACAGCACCACCUGCCAAUGCACCCACCUCAGCGCCUUUGCCGUCCUCACGGCCCACUACUCAGUGCAGGAGGAGGAUCCUGCGCUGGCUGUGAUCACCUACGUGGGACUGAGCCUCUCUCUGCUGUGCCUCCUCCUGGCGACCCUCACCUUCCUGCUGUGCAAAGCCAUCCGGAACACCAGUACCUCGCUCCACCUGAUGCAGCUCUCGAUCUGCCUCUUCCUGGCCCACCUGCUCUUCCUCACAGCCAUCGACCAAACCCAGCCCGAGGUGCUGUGCGCCAUCAUAGCCGGCGCCUUACACUAUCUCUACCUGGCCGCCUUCACCUGGACGCUGGAGGGCCUGCACCUCUUCCUCACUGCACGCAACCUGACGGUGGUCAACUACUCCGGUGUGAACAGAUUCAUGAAGUGGUUGAUGUUCCAUGUGGGCUAUGGAGUCCUGGCUGUGAUUGUGGCCAUUUCUGCAGCAUCCAGACCUCAUCUAUAUGGAACACCCACCCGAUGCUGGCUCCAGACAGACAAAGGGUUUAUAUGGAGCUUUCUUGGCCCCGUCUGCACCAUCUUCUCUAUUAAUCUAGCUAUCUUCCUGGUAACCUUCUGGAUUGUGAAAAACAAGCUCUCCUCACUCAGCAGUGAUGUGUCCACUCUCCAGAACACUAGGAUGCUGACAUUUAAAGCAACAGCUCAGCUCUUCAUCUUGGGCUGCCCAUGGUGUCUGGGAAUCCUGCAGGUGGGACCAGCUGCCCACAUCAUGGCCUACCUCUUCACCAUCCUCAACAACCUGCAGGGGGUCUCCAUCUUCCUGGUGUACUGCCUCCUCAGCCAGCAGGUCCGAGAGCAAUACAGGAAGUGGUUCAAAGGGAUCGAGAAAACCAAAGAUGAGUCUGAGGUGUACACACUCUCCAGCAAGACCAUGUCUGAUCUCUCUAAACACAGUGUGGGAGCCACAGCUCUCACCCAGUGUGAGGGCCAUGAUGCUGUGGGUGGAGAUGGAACCAUACGAUAG